UGACUUUAGCCCUUCAGAACUUCAGUGCCCUCAUAUGUAAAAUGGAGCUGACUACGGAAGUCUCUUGACUACCAGAACAUCAGGGAUGUGUGCAAGGUGAUGUGCUCCAGACAAGGUUGAAGGUUGAGGCUGUUUCCUGGACUCGGUAUUUAAGACCGGGCAUAACAAACCUUGCUGGGGAAGAGAGGGAAGGAGCUAUAGUGUCUUUGAGGAAAGAGGGGAGGGGAAAUUCUCGGCCCAAUCGCCAGGCAAUGUUAGGCCCAGUUUCCAUGGCAACGGGAUUGGGGUCAGUCCCCAGUGGGAGUCCUGGGCACAACACCGCGGGACUACUAUAGAAUGUCACUAUGGCAAUCAUGGCAACGAGUCUGCUUAAUCCACUAGUUGCUAUGGUGACGGAUGGGGGCGAUUCUAUGCUCUGGUGGGCAAACUGAGUCUCGGGUGAGGGUGAAGAAUUCAGUGUGUGGUGUCUGAGUGAUAUGCACGCGAAAAAUAGUUUGGCCAUCAGGCCGGGGAUCUUGGUCGCGAACAGCUAAACCCAGAACAACCGCAGCCCUCGGCCUUCUCUUGAAGGUCUGCGUUUCCCAGGGAACAACUUGAUGCGCCGUUCGACCAAGUAACGCUGAUUGGGUGAGUGUUGAAAGGAGUAGGGAACGACCGGAAGUACAUUCGGGGGAGCGGAACUGCAAGAGGAAAGGCUCGGGUAGGCUUCUGGGAGCGACCGCUCCGCUCGUCUCGUUGGUUCCGGAGGUCGCUGCGGCGGUGGGAAAUGCUGGCGCGCGCAGCGCGGGGCACUGGGGCCCUUUUGCUGAGGGGCUCUCUACAGGCUUCUGGUCGCGCUCCGCGCCGUGCCUCCUCCGGAUUGCCCCGAAACACCGUGGUACUGUUCGUGCCGCAGCAGGAGGCCUGGGUGGUGGAGCGAAUGGGCCGAUUCCACCGGAUCCUGGAGCCUGGUUUGAACAUCCUCAUCCCUGUGUUAGACCGGAUCCGAUAUGUGCAGAGUCUCAAGGAAAUUGUCAUCAACGUGCCUGAGCAGUCGGCUGUGACUCUCGACAAUGUAACUCUGCAAAUUGAUGGAGUCCUUUACCUGCGCAUCAUGGACCCUUACAAGGCAAGCUAUGGUGUGGAGGACCCUGAGUAUGCCGUCACCCAGCUAGCUCAAACAACCAUGAGAUCAGAGCUUGGCAAACUCUCUCUGGACAAAGUCUUCCGGGAACGGGAGUCCCUGAAUGCCAGCAUUGUGGAUGCCAUCAACCAAGCUGCUGACUGCUGGGGUAUCCGCUGCCUCCGUUAUGAGAUCAAGGAUAUCCAUGUGCCACCCCGGGUGAAAGAGUCUAUGCAGAUGCAGGUGGAGGCAGAGCGGCGGAAACGGGCCACAGUUCUAGAGUCUGAGGGGACCCGAGAGUCGGCCAUCAAUGUGGCAGAGGGGAAGAAACAGGCCCAGAUCCUGGCCUCCGAAGCAGAAAAGGCUGAACAGAUAAAUCAGGCAGCAGGAGAGGCCAGUGCAGUUCUGGCCAAGGCCAAGGCUAAAGCUGAAGCUAUUCGAAUCCUGGCUGCAGCUCUGACACAACAUAAUGGAGAUGCAGCAGCUUCACUGACUGUGGCAGAGCAGUAUGUCAGCGCGUUCUCCAAACUGGCCAAGGACUCCAACACUAUCCUACUGCCCUCCAAUCCCGGCGAUGUCACCAGCAUGGUGGCUCAGGCCAUGGGUGUCUAUGGAGCCCUCACCAAACCCCCAGUGCCAGGGACUCCAGACUCGGUCUCCAGUGGGAACAGCAGAGAUGUCCAGGGUACAGAUGCAAGUCUUGAUGAGGAACUUGAUCGAGUCAAGAUGAGUUAGUGGAGCUGGGCUUGGCCAGGGAGUCUGGGGAUAAGGAAGCAGAUUUUCCUGAUUCUGGCUCUAGCUUCCCUGCCAAGAUUUUGGUUUUUAUUUUUUUAUUUGAACUUUAGUCAUGUAAUAAACUCACCAGUGGCAAACCAGAAA